GGAAAUAACCCAGUAUACACUUCCCUUAUACAUCCGGGAACUUUGACGUCCAUGUUGCCCGGUUGAAGGACGAACACAAGGUUCCAAAAUGCUAGCUUCUUUCGUCGUUAAAUCAGGUGCUUUGGGGGGAUUAUGUGCCAAAUGUCCUCAAAGGUGUCUUGUAGCUGUUCAAGCUGCUCAGAAUUCAAGCAUAGCUAAAAGGAUUGAAGACUGGGAUAAAGCCAAUGCUAUUUUCUAUGGGCCCGAGAGAGAUUAUAAAAAUUUCCCGACGCAGAGGCAAUUAGAAACUCCACCUCCAGUCCGAUUAGGUUUCCUCCCCGAAUCAUGGUUUCAGACUUUGUACCCAAGGACAGGAGUAACAGGUCCUUAUUUAUUUGGUGUUGGCCUACUUGGAUAUGUUCUUUCCAAGGAAAUUUGGGUUAUUGACCAUAACUUUUCUGAAAUGCUUGGUUUCUGGGGAGCAAUCAUUUGGAUAAAUUAUAAGUUUGGUGAUAAGAUUGGCAAUUAUAUUAAUGGCUUGAGAGAGACGAACUAUAAUGACUGGUUUGUUAAACCUGUUGAAGAAGCUAAAGAAAUAUACCAAACUGAAAUUCAGGAAAAUGAAAAAGCUAUCUGGCGUGCAGAAGGACAAAAAUAUUUAUUUGAAGCUAAAAAGGAGAAUGUUGAUCUUCAACUAGAAGCUGCAUAUAGACAGAGAAUACAAAAUGUAUAUACUGAUGUCAAGAAAAGACUUGAUUAUCAAGUAGAUGUAUUAAAUACUAACAAACAGUUUGAACAAGAACAUAUGGUUAAUUGGAUUGUAUCAGGUGUUAUGAAGAGUAUCACACCACAGCAGGAAAAAGAAAGUAUAACUAGUUGUUUACAGACCUUGAAGAAACUACAAGCAACAGCCUAGAGUUUUAUAUGUGAUGUGAUAAAUAAAUUAACAAGGACUUUUACAUUGUAAACAAACAAGAUUGAAAAUAUUGUAGAUACAUUGGACAAACAUCAACUAAAAUUAUUGUGUUAUGGAUAUAGAAACAUAAAAUAACAAAAAAAAUAAAAGUGGAACAUA